AUGAGUGGUAUGCACCCUCAGUGGUUUGUGUUGAAUCAUAUUGACAUCCAUUGCAGGCAGAAUAGCAGUGAGGAGGAUCGCAAGGUGAUCAAGGAGAAAGCCAUUGAAGAGUUGAUGGCCAAGCGAUUUGCCAAGGGCAAGUCAAAGGAGUACCAUGAGCACCAGCUCAUGGUCUCUCAGCAAAAGAAGAGGGAGGAGGAGAAGAAGCAUCGCCGAGAGGAGGCCACAGAGACUGAGAAUGAAGCUCGGCAGAACAAGAAGGCCAAAACAAGCCAGGCGCAGCAUCCUUUUGCUGCACGUAUGCAGGCCCGGUUCCGUCAAAUGAUGGCCAACCUGGAGGCCGAUGUCAUGGCCCAUGGUCAUGAUCGUCUUGCUGUGGCCGGUGUGUCGAGAGAUGGGGUUGAGGAGGAAAUGAGGGGAUUCUUGGGCCAUUAA